CAACCUCCUCGUAUAAAAACGAAGGGUGACGAUUUUGAGUUCGUCAGAGAACAGGAACCCAAUGAUUCCCAUAUGUCCAGUAGUCUCCUUCACCUAUGUGCCCAGCCGGCUAGGUGAAGAUGCCAAAAUGGCUACCGGCAACUAUUUUGGAUUUACCCAUGGUGCUGCUGCGCAGUUCAGUCAGCAGCCAUCGGCUGGGGUGGCAUACACGCACCCCACCACGGUGGCGAGCUACACUGUGCACCAGGCGCCAGUGGCGGCCCACACGGUGGCGGCAGCCUAUGCCCCCACGGCCGCCACAGUUGCCGUAGCCAGACCCGCGCCUGUGGCCGUGGCCGCCGCCGCGACAGCCGCCGCCGUCUACGGGGGCUACCAGCCGGCGCACGCCACCGCCACAGACUACGCCUACGCCGCCGCGGCCCAACGCCAACCGGAGGUGCCGCCCCCGCCACCACCCGUCACCUCGCAGAACUAUCAGGACUCCUAUUCGUACGUACGGUCCACGGCUCCGGCGGUGGCCUAUGACAGUAAGCAAUACUACCAGCAGCCCACAGCCACUGCUGCAGUGGCAGCCGCGGCCCAACCACAACCCAGCGUAGCCGAGUCCUACUAUCAGACAGCUCAAAAAACAGGCUACACGCAGGGAGCCACCGCCUACACGCAGACCCAACAAACGCGGCAGGUGACGGCCAUCAAGCCGGCCACCCCCAGCCCGGCCACCUCCACCUUCUCCAUCUACCCGGUGUCCUCCGCCGUGCAGCCGGCCGCCGCAGCCUCCGUCGUCCCCACCUACUCCCAGAGCCCCACCUACAGCACCAACGCUGUCACCUAUUCAGGUACGUCGUAUUCGGGCUACGAGGCGGCCGUGUACUCGGCGGCAUCCUCCUACUACCAGCAGCAGCAGCAACAACAGCAGCAGAAGCAGGCGGUGGCAGCGGCGGCCGCCACGGCAGCCUGGACCGGCAGCACCUUCACCAAGAAGACGCCCUUCCAGAGCAAGCAGCUCAAGCCCAAGCAGCCCCCCAAGCCCCCGCAGAUACACUACUGCGACGUCUGCAAGAUCAGCUGCGCAGGCCCACAGACGUACAAGGAGCACCUGGAGGGCCAGAAGCACAAGAAGAAGGAGGCAGCCCUGAAGGCGUCCCAGAGCAGCAGCAGCGGCGGCGGGACGGGGGGCUCGGCCAGCUCGGCCCGCGGCACCCAGAACCAGCUGCGCUGCGAGCUGUGCGAUGUCUCCUGUACCGGUGCUGACGCCUACGCCGCACACAUCCGCGGAGCCAAGCACCAGAAGGUGGUGAAGCUGCACACCAAGCUGGGCAAGCCCAUCCCCUCCACGGAGCCCAGCGUGGUCACCCAGACCUCCAGCGCCACCACGGCCGCGCCCAGCAAAGCCUCCUCUGGCAGCUCUACAGCAGGCAGCUCGGCCACCGGUGGUGGUGGAGGAGGGGGUGGCAUGGGGACCAGUGUACCCUCCCCUGCCCCUGCCUCCGCCGCGGGCGCCGCCGGCUCGUCCUACCUGAAGCCGGUCAGCUUGGUGAACAGUGGCAGCUCGGCGGCUGCGGCGGCCGUGCAAGGCAAGAGCCCGGUCACCGGCAGCCUGCCUACCAACGCCAGCGCCGUCAAGAAAGCCAACACUCCCAAGAUCAACUUUGUUGGAGGAAGUAAGUUGCAGACAACGGGUGCGAGGGUGGACGACAACAAAGCCGAGAUGGCCAAACCAGCCCCCGCCUCGUUGGGGGCACAGUCGCCGGACAUGAAGGUCGACGCGUCUGAUUCGCUGUCUGCGCAGGCCGCCCUGGCCGCCCUGCAGAGUGACGUCCAGCCCGUGGGACACGACUAUGUGGAAGAGGUACGCAACGAUGAAGGCAGGGUGAUCCGCUUUCAUUGCAAGCUGUGUGAAUGUAGUUUUAACGAUCCAAACGCCAAGGAGAUGCACUUAAAAGGACGAAGGCAUCGGCUGCAGUACAAGAAAAAGGUCAACCCGGACCUCCAGGUGGAAGUGAAGCCCAGCAUCAGAGCACGCAAGAUCCAGGAGGAGAAGAUGAGGAAGCAGCUGCAGAAGGAGGAGUACUGGAGGAGGAGAGAGGAGGAGGAGCGCUGGAGGAUGGAGAUGAGGCGCUAUGAGGAGGAUAUGUACUGGAGGCGCAUGGAGGAGGAGCAGCACCACUGGGACGACCGUCGCAGGAUGCCCGACGGGGGCUAUCCACAGGGCCCGCCCGGCCCACCGGGACUCCUGGGCGUCCGGCCCGGCAUGCCCAUCCCCCAGCCACAGGGCCCAGUGCCCCUGCGCCGUCCGGACACCUCUGAUGACCGCUACGUGAUGACCAAGCACGCCGCCAUCUACCCCUCCGAGGACGAGCUGCAGGCCAUCCAGAAGAUCGUCUCCAUCACAGAGCGCGCCCUCAAGCUGGUCUCCGACAUCAUCACGGACCAAGACAAGGGCAAGGAGACAGAGGAUAAGGAGAAGAAAGACAUCCCCAAAGACCGAGCUCUGAAGGGCGUGAUGAGGGUGGGCGUGCUGGCCAAAGGCCUGCUGCUGCGUGGAGACAAGAACGUCAACCUGGUGCUGCUCUGCUCCGAGAAGCCCACCAAGAGCCUCCUCAGCCGCAUCGUAGAGCACCUGCCCAAGCAGCUCACGAUGGUGACACCGGAGAAGUACGAAGUGAAGGGCUCCAUCCAGGAGCCGGCCAUCAUCCUGACGUCCGGCGCCGAGCCCAAGAUGCAGGUCACCAUCACCCUUACGUCGCCCGUCAUCCGAGAGGAGGGCCCCCGGGAUGGAGAUGUAACCUCGGGUAUGGUGAAAGACCCAGCGGACGUCUUGGACAGGCAAAAAUGCCUUGACGCUCUGGCUGCUCUACGCCACGCUAAGUGGUUCCAGGCUAGAGCUAACGGCCUCCAGUCCUGUGUCAUUAUCAUUCGCAUCCUGAGGGACCUGUGUCAGCGAGUACCCACGUGGUCCGCCUUCCCCAGCUGGGCUAUGGAGCUGCUGGUGGAGAAGGCGAUCAGCAGCGCGUCCGGCCCUCUGAGCCCCGGCGAUGCCCUACGCAGAGUCUUUGAAUGUAUUUCCUCCGGCAUCCUGCUCCCUGGUGGCCCUGGUUUGAUCGAUCCGUGCGAGAAGAAUCCCACAGACACAUUGGCAUCCAUGGAUGAGCAGCAGAGGGAGGAUAUAACCUCCAGUGCCCAGUUUGCGCUGAGGCUGUUGGCGUUCCGGCAGAUCUACAAGGUGCUGGGCAUGGACCCGCUCCCCCAGAUGAAUGCCCGCUUUAACGUGCGCAACAACCGCAAGCGCCGGCGCGACAACAGUGACGGUACAGAUGGCUUCGAGGCCGAGGGCAAGAAGGACAAGAAGGACCAUGAAGGCUUCUAAAAGCAAUGCGCAGAAAGAAACGCAAAGAAAAUAAUGCAAAAAAAAUAAACAAAACAAACAAACAAAAAAACAAAACAAAACAAAACCAAUAAUAGUGCCCCCUCGUCCUUGUGUGCUUAGUCUGUUGCAAGGGUGGCAGCCCUUUCCUGAUGUGUCGCGUAAAAGGCCCUGCAAAUGUAUGCCUGGUCUGGUGUGCCAGCUACCUUAUUUGCACUACCAUCUAGUUUUUGGAAACUCAGUGGUCUGAGGGAACAAUUGAUUUGACUUUUUAUUUAUUUUUUGACGUCGCAGAAAAUUGCGACUGCUCCCGAGUAAAAGGAAUGAGGAAAAAAAAAAAAAAAUUGGAAAAGAUUGGCCUUUGUUAUAGCGGAGCAGUCAAUGCAGAAGUCAUUUGUGUUUUUUUUUCUAAUUGUUGCUGGUGUGAACGCUUAAUUCACUUCGAUUACACAUGACCCUUCAGGAAUGGCGUGUCCCAGGUCGUUCCACUACAUUUUUAUUAAAACGAUGGUUGUAAUAUAUUUGUUUUCUUGGUUUGCUGCAGUUUGGGUUGUAUCGAUGUUGAGCAAAUAAGUCAACUGAUAGCUUUAAAGGGCAUUCGAAUAACCACUUUUGAAGUAGAUCGAACUUUACUGUGGUUUGGACCUAAACGCACCUAGCUGACGCCAUCUUACCCCAAAUGUCUAAACUAGAAGUACUUUAUGACUGUAACUUCCUACACUUUAUUCCUACGUUUUAUUUUGACAGUGACAUUCCUGAAACCAUUCUUCUAAAAAAAAAGAUAUAUAUAUAAUAUACAGUAUAUUAUCUAUUAUUGAAAGUGAAAUAAUGUGUAUGUUAGUCUUGUAGUCAUGUUAUGAUCAACCUGGACAAAAUGCUAAUGCGUAUGAGCAUGUAUUUUCUAGUUCUAGUACAUUUCGAGGGUUUGGCUGUUGGCUUAUGAGAAUUAAGGAAUCUAAUUUGGCUCAUGAAUAUUUUACUUUUUUUCUAACAUUUUAAGUUGUUAUCAGAACAUUACUUCUGAAUAACACUAGUGGUGCAAAGUUGAGGUUUUGUCUAAAUGGUAGAAUACGAGUGUUCUAAAUAUUCACUGAGGGGCUGUGACUAGUCGUAAAUGUAUUUCUGAAGAGACACUGAUCCCUUGGUUAAGUUUUUUGUGUUCAUAGUGUUCUCCUUAAAUGUAUCCUCAAUGUAUAUAUGCGAUCAUAUAUAUCUCUCUAUAUAUGAUGUCUAAUAUAUGUGAUCACACAUAAGGCUUAUAUCUCGCAAUAGAUAUUGAAAGUGUUCUUUUAUGUUUUAUGGAAGCAUGGCUGUCAUCUUUUCCCAAUUUAUGUUCAUAUGACCUUUUUGUUUUUAUGUUACUGUGGUUUUGGUUUUUAUUUCAUUGGUUAAAUAGAACAAUCGCUUGCCCGCAAUCUCGAUUUAAAAACUGAGUAGUUUGUUGAGACUCUCUUGAAUUGGAUAAAGACUGGGAGGAAGAACCAUGUAAUACCAGUGUUGUAAUUUGCAGUUUGAUGUAAAAACCACCCCUUUGAUGCUGGAACUUGCUGUCAAAGUGCUACUGCAUUACAAUAAGCAGAAUAAAAUACAUUUCCAGAAUG